AUGCCAUUUUUCAUAUUUUUUAUUGCCGCUAUUUUUGGAGAUUAUAUUAAGGCUGGUAAGUUUAUAAAAACUAGACUCGAAAAUUUUCAUUUUGAAAAAAAAGGUUCUUCAUAAAAUAAUCGAAGAAGAGAAAAAUAAUUGAUAUGUUAUUUUUCGGCAGAAUUCUAAUUUUCUCUCUCGUUAAUCUUUCCUUCCAAAUAAAAAUAAAUAUUUUCUUAUUCCAGAAAAAUGCUAUAGCUGUUCUUCUCCUCAGCUUCAUCUCAAAUGGGUAUGUAUUUCUUCUCCUUUUUCUUUUUUCCUUCUUUUUUCCAAGAAAAAAUCGAGGGAUGCAUUAGAUGUUUGGCACAAAAAAAAGAGAAGAAAAAAGAAAAUCGCAUUUCCGCCGAAGAAAAUAUUUAUGGGGUGAGUCAAUCGAAUUAAUCGACGUGUUUUUUGCGAUUAAUUGACAAAAAAAGUGAGUCUUUUAGGGCGAUUAAUUUCACGUUUUUGUCAAUUCAUCGCUUUCAUUUCUUGGCAAAAAAUGCGAUUAAUUGCAUAAAAAAUACAAUUUAUUUGACCUUUAUUUUAAAACGUGACCUAUAUGAGUUGGAAUUAUCAACAAAAAACCAAUUUCCCUCAAUUUUCUUUCAUUUCAAAAUGAAUCCAAAAAAUAAGCAGUGAAUUUGGGACACGUUUCAAAAAAGAGGUCAAAUAAAUUCUAUUUCGUAUUGAAAUUCCUCAUUUUUGAAUGCAAUUAAUUGCAAAAAAAUAUGGAAUUAAUCGACAAAAACGUGAAAAAAUCGCACAAAAAUGACUCGGAUUUUCUGUCAAUUAAUUGACGAAAAAUAAAAUUGACUCACCCCAUUAUAAAAGAUCUCAAAUUAUGCGGAGAAAAGAAAUGGAAAUGGAAAAAUAUAAUAUUUUCAGCCAAAACAUUCACUUUCAAAUCGAUUGCUUUAUUUGGCACGAUUUCCGAUUUAUGAAGAUGAUAAUUGUGAAACUGUAAGAAUUUCAGAAUUUUCAGAAAAAUAUGAAUUUAUUGAUAUUUUUAGAUUCGAGAUGCAAUGCCAGUUGUAGAUUGUCCAAAUAGUGUUUGUAUAAAAGCUGUUAUUAAAGAACCUCCAGCUGAAAGAAGUGUUUGUGGUAAAAAAAUUUUUUCCAAAUCAGGGUGAACCUCUCUCAAAUUAAAAAAAAAAAUUGUCCCUGAAAAUAAUUACAGUACUCGAAAAUUUUUAAUCCCCAAAAAAUCUUUUUUUUUUAAUAUUUUCGGAAAUGAAAAUUUAUUUGAAAGUUCACGUUUUUCUUUUAAUUUUCUCAAAAACCUUUUGAAAAUCAUUUCGAAUUUUAUUUUUUCAACAUUUUUCAAAAAAAAAUUAUUUUCAGAAACUGGUGGUGCAAUUGUAAGAGAUUGUUGGAGCCGCGUUGUAGAUUCGGAAAUUCUAUUUCCACAUUCAAGGCGAGAUAUGGUAAGUUACUCUAACUGUUUAUCCCCAAGUAUCCCUUGAAAUUUUGCAGGUUCGUCUAACAGAAUCUGAAACCGAUAAUUCAACAAUUGGAAUAAUUUAUACUUGUAAAGGAUUUUUAUGUAAUUCUUCUUCAUUUCGAUCGUUGGAUCUCAGUUUUUUAUUUUUUGUUAUUUCAACAUUUUUCGGGUUUCUAUAA